CCGUGACUUCUGCUUUGGGUUCCGGGGUUGGCGCAGCUGUAGGCUUGGAGGGAGGGCUUAAAUGCUGCGUAAAAAGUUUUUGUUUGCCUCGUCAGGACUGGGAGUUUCAACCCUUAACUGCUUUUGAGGGAAAUCAUGAUAACAUCCAGCAUAGAUUUGCUGCUCCUGCUCCCUAAAGUGGUUGGGGGAACCUGCGGGUGUUGGCUGUAAGCGAUGGCCCCUGGGAACCAGACAGAGCUGUAUUUAUCUGAGCAGGUGGUGGUGUUGUUUACCUGCGCUCUGUCCUUCCUGGGCUCCUCUCUGAUCAUCCUCACACACAUUAUCUGGUCGGAUUUGAGGACCACUCCGCGCAGGCUGCUUGUUUUCCUCUCGGUGACUGACUGGUUGUCUGCUGUCUCCUACGCUUUCGGAGUCUGGAGUGUUUUCCGCACAGACUCUCCUGAAUGCAUCGCUCAGGGAGCCCUAUCCACUUUCGCCAACACCAGCAGUUUCUUCUGGACCGUCUCUAUCGCCGUCUACCUCUACGUCUUCAUUGUAAGGUCGAGCCAAAGGGUCGCUGACAGCCUGGUGCUGUUCUUCCACCUCUUCAGCUGGGGUAUUCCACUAAUCAUCACUGUCACGGCUGUGUGUCUCAACAAAAUCGGCUACGAUGCAUCAGAGGUGUCUGUGGGCUGGUGCUGGGUCAGGAUCCACGCUCCGGAUCGCGUCCUGUGGAUGCUGCUGACUGGAAAGAUCUGGGAGUUCCUGGCCUACCUCACCCUCCCUGUGCUCUACAUCUUAAUCAAGAGGCAUAUCCAUAAAGCGCAUGCUGCCCUGUCGGAGUACCGGCCCAUCCUGGCCAACAGGCCCCCGUCGCAGUCUUUCUCAUCCAUGGCAGAUGUGAAGCUAACUCUCAUCCCCAUCAUAUUCAUCAUCCUGCGCAUUUGGAGCACGGUGCGCUUCAUCCUGCUGCUGGCUGACUCUCCGGUCAGACAGAACCCUGUGUUGGUCACUCUUCACGGUAUCGGCAACACGUCGCAGGGAGCGGCCAACUGCGUGAUGUUUGUGUUGUUUACCCAGCCCAUCCGCUCUCGCCUCUGCACUGCGCUCUGCUGCUGCUGCGCUAAAUGUCGAGAAGAGGCACCGCGCUCCGACGGUGCCCCACAGCGCAACCAGAAGAGGCGGGACUCUUCCACACAGAGAGAAGAAGAAGAAGAAAACGGCAGUCGUGCGCAGGCAGUCAGAUGAUGCUUUGCUCUGAAGCUGUUGAACACUGCUGGCGUUUGUUCCAUACUCCCACUUUUUGGGCUUAUAUUACCUAAAGUACACUGAUACUUGAUGACAACUUGGAGUACUGUUUCACUUUUUGGUUCUUCUAUUAUGUUGUUUGAUUCUGUUACAUCAAAUAAAGGACAGCUUACUGUAGCGCCUCUAUUUAUCAUGUACUGUAACUACUGUAAGUUACCACUGUGAAGCAACAGGCGAGCAAUUAAAUUCUGCUUAGAGGAAAACGCAUGUAUGUGACGCCUGUAAACAUUUUCUUUUAAACUAACAUUUCCAAACUGUUAAAGUUGCAGACUUUGAAAGGUUUAACACCAAUGUGGUUUGCUCAAAUUUAGCUGAACAAUUCAGAGAAAAUGCUGUUUCCUCUUUUUUUAAAAGGUCUUAUUCCAGUACUGUACUUCCAUGCUGGUUAAUGUGAGAUUUUUUCUUUUUCUUUUUUAGCAUGGUUUAACUGAAUAUGAUGAUAAAAAUAUCUCAUCCUUAAGGGGGUUUUAACAGAUAUUGUCCUAGUUUACCGACACACUGUAAGCCUUUGGAAACUUAGAGCAGAUUAAAUGUUUAAUGUUUCAUAACUUUUCAACAGAUUUAAACUGCUGAAUAUUUUAGGAUUUCAUUUUUUUUUUCUCCAUCUUAUUUUUUUUUCUUUUCCUUUUCUGGCCAAUUUGACAUCCUCACUCAUUUCCUCUAUGUGCACAGUGUGAAUUGCAGUUGCCUCAUAUGAAAAACAAGUAAGCUUUUACUCCAUAUGAGGGACUAUGUUAGUUUUUAGAUCUUGUCUGUAUGUUUUUCUUUGCAUAGUUUUAGUCUGAUGAAUUUAGGCUAAACUGGUCUAGUUGACCAAGCUCCGCUGUCGUGUAUUUUGACUGUGGGAGGAAGGUGGAGUAUCUAAUCUCAGGUCAGAUGCAUUCUCCAUGCAGAAUGAGUCUAAGGCAUUAAUGCUGCAAGGUAACAGCGCUAACAACUCCAGCUGGGCAGCCCCACUUUUAGUGUUUAAGCAUUUUCUUAGCGUAGCUAAUUCCUUCUCUGUUUCCAUCACUGUGUUGUUAGACAUACUUCUUUCUCUCGGUUUCAUUUUUUUUCCCCACCCAAAAAAGAAAUGUUUUAAAUUUCCAGUGCCUUUCAUGCUUAUUUAAAAUAGUACAAUACCCUUACCUUUAAUUAAUUAAUGUAAUUUGAUUACAUUUUUUUUACAUCACCAGAGAUGCAGUCAUUUUAUAAUAUGUUUGG